AUGUGGACGGUGGCCGACUCAUUUCGACGUGCUAGUUGCACACGUACACGGUACAGCCGAGCUGCCGCCGGUGCAGGUGGACAACCAUGCGCCUGCUCAGCAAGCAGAGCAUCGCUAACUCGUUGGCAACGACUCGUUGCAUCAAGCGGACGAAGAGCGCGUUGUCGAUUUCAGUGGAGGCUGGCAGCACUGCUGGCGGCAGACGGCGAGCUCGCAGCAUGUGUUUGCACUGAACAACAGAGACACGGCAAUGGCAAGCGCUUUGGACGGCGCGAACCGGCUUGGACCGAGUCUUCAAGGCUUCACGCCUUGGACGGCGCGACACGAGCGUUGGACCGCUACAACUUGAGCGAUCGUGCACACGAAUACGCACACGAUUUGAAGUGCCCCCUUCGCCGCGUGGGGAGUUGUCCGGAGCCACCCACGAGGCUCAAGGUCUCCGCUAAAGUCAAGGAGUUCGCCUCCCAGGAACAUCUCAACACUGCGAGAGCGGAACGCCUCUAUGGCAGCUGGUGCCCGUCGUCAGCAUCGCGCCGAUUUGCACCUUCCUACGCGUUCAGAGAGUUACGUCCACAGAGAAGGACGCCUUUGCCCCAUUUUGCCCAGGAGGCUACCCAUGGGGAUGUGAAACUAAGCCAUGGCAUGGGCUAA